ACUGUUUGCUCAUGCUGGUGUACAAGGAUAAAUCUGAACGAGCAAAAGGGCACAAGGAGAGGAGCAGCAUGACCUUAGAAGACAUCUGUGGCUUGGAGCCUGGGCUCUCCUAUGAGGGCUUGAAUCACACACUUGCAAUCAUCUGUCUCUCUCAAGUUGUGAUGCUGGGAUUUGAGAACAAGGAAACAAUGUACGCGUGGGAUGUACGAAUCCGCUACAGUUUGGGGGAAGUUCAUAGAUUUCAAGUUUUUGUAGCACCUGGCACUAAACUAGAGAGUGGGCCUGCUACCCUGCAUUUCUGCAAUGACAUUCUCGUCCUUGUAAAAGACCUUCCUCCUAGUGUCAUGGGGCAGUGGAAGCUCUCAGAUCUGCGUCGGUAUGGAGCUGUUCCAAACGGAUUCAUCUUUGAAGGGGGUACCAGGGGCUGGUGUUUUUUUCCUUUCUUGUGCCGAAGGAGAGCAGAUCAGCUUUCUGUUCGACUGUAUCGUCCGUGGUAUCUCCCCGACGAAAGGCCCUUUUGGUUUGCGUCCAGUCCUACCAG